AUGGCUGAGGGUGAGACUAAGGAUACAAUUAGUGAUGAGGGUGGCCUCCGUCGUGUUAUGACUCUUACCGACAAUCCCUCUCUUCAAAUUAGUCCUGUUAAAUUGGAUGGUUCCAACUAUUUGAUUUGGUCCCGCUCAUGUGGUCUUGCUAUUGCUGCUCGCCGUUUGACUGGCUACAUUACUGGUUCUCUUCCCCUACCGGAUGGUGAUGCCUCACUCCAUACUCAAUGGAUUUCUGAAAAUGCUCUUGUUAUGACUUGGCUCAUCAACUCUAUGCAGCCCACUAUUAGUCGGAGUUUCCUUUUAUUAGAUACUGCUCAUAAGAUUUGGACAGCUGCAGCCCAAAUGUACUCCCAACAAGGUAAUGAUGCACAGGCGUAUGAGUUGAGGAAGAAGCUUCGGAGCUUAGAUCAGAAAGAUAGAUCACUCGCAGUCUACUAUGCUGAGUUGAGUAGUUUGUGGCAGGAACUAGACUAUUACCAAAGCUUCCAGGCUGUUUGUUCUCAGGAUGCCACGUUGUUUCAACAAACCGUUGAGAAAGAGCGUG